GUUAAAUUACUUAUUAUAAGUGUGCUACUUGAAUAAUCGAUUGUAUAAACAGAGGACAGGUUUAAACAUAUAAAUAUGAAUGGAGAUGCAGCCGGAAAUGAUUACAACCCUUUUGAGCAUAGAAAAGUGGAAAAGCCUAAUUCGGAUGCCAGAGCCCUCGCUAAUCUCCUCAAGGCCUCGCUGGGGUCUGGCCUGCUGGCCAUGCCCUUGGCAUUUGCCAAUGCUGGAUGGGUAGUUGGUAUCGUAGGCACGAUCAUUAUUGCUUUUAUCUGUGGUCACUGCGUUCACAUAUUUGUGGAUACGUCCCGCGGAUGCUGUAAGGGGGAACGAAAACCUCUCCUCAGCUACGCAGAGACCUGCAGAGCUGCAUUUGCUAAUGGCCCUAAAAAUGUUAGACCCUAUGCUAAGGCUGCAAGUAUUUUUGCGGAAUUAUCUUUACUUUGCACUUACAUUGGUGUUUGCUGCAUAUUUACGGUACUUAUAGCGGAAAAUAUUAAACAGCUCCUAGACACAUACUAUCCCGUCGUAACUCUGUCAGUGCAAUAUUACUGUCUUAUUUUGCUAGUACCUUUGAGUAUUAUGACACAGAUUAGACAUCUCAAGUGGUUGGCACCCUUUUCCUUCCUAGCGAACGUGUUGUUGGUCCUUACAUUCAUAAUAUGUCUAUAUUACAUAUUUAAAGAUCCCAUAUCCAUCGAAGGUGCAAGCGCUAUGGGGCAAAUAUCUAGAUUCCCUGCUUUUCUAUCAACAGUAAUCUUCGCAAUGGAAGGCAUCGGUGUGGUGAUGCCAGUAGAGAAUGUGAUGAAGAAGCCCGAGCACUUCCUCGGAUGCCCAAGUGUCCUGGUAAUAGCAAUGAGCUUUAUCAUGGUGUUGUACACUAUUCUAGGCCUGUUCGGCUACUUCAGAUAUGGUGGUUCAGUGAUGGCCACUAUAACGCUCAAUUUACCUGUCGAUGAUUGGCCUGCGAUAUGUGCUAAAUCGUUCAUAGCAUUAUCGAUUUUCUUCACGUAUCCUCUUCACUUCUUCGUCGUGGUGGACAUUUUAACAAAAUACGUCAACCCACACGUCAAGAAACAAUACACGGACAUUACUCAGAUUUGCAUGAGAAUCUUUAUUGUUUGGUUUUGUGGUGCGAUCGGUAUAGCCCUACCGAUGUUGGAACAGAUCAUCAACAUUGUCGGCGCUCUAUUUUACUCUAUCUUGGGGCUCAUCAUCCCGGGUAUUGUCGACACCAUUUUCCGAUGGCCGGACCUUGGAAAGUGCCGAUGGAUCCUGUGGAAAAAUUGUCUAAUAGUGCUGUUUGGAUUCGUCUGUUUGAUCUCCGGAUGUGCUGUCACUAUAGGAGAUAUUAUACAGAAUUUGCGAGAACAAAGUACGGAGUGACCAAUGAUUGCGGUGGGUGAAAUAGUAAAAAUAAAUAAUAACGAAAAAAUAUUAAUUUAAUCUGGCACAAGUUUUUAAAUUUCGGGCAUGAUUUGAACUCGCCCCUUUAUGAACU